AAAUAUCAACCAAACAACUUUGCCAAUCAGGAUUGUGUGCAUACUCUGGGUUUUCUUAAAGGUCAUGACUAUGAAUGGAAUGAUGUCAAUUGCACGGACUGCCACAGAUUUACUUGCAAGAAAGAUUACGAUGAAUGCAAACACUUCGGCUACAACUGUCCACAAGGUUCCUCUUGUGUGAACAAUGAUGGUUCUUACACGUGUCGGUGUGAUAGUGGAUAUCGGCGGAAUGCAGCUGGCAACUGUUCGGAUAUAGACGAGUGCAAGUUGGGUCUAUAUUCGUGCCACAAAUUAGCCCAAUGUGUGAAUAUUCCUGGCUACUACGACUGCAGAUGUAAGACAGGCUACGGAGGCGACGGCCAACAAUAUUGUGGUGCUCCUGUGGUGAACUCUACCAGCACUUGUCUAAAUAAGACGGUUGAGCUAACUACAAUAGAUGGCAUUAUACAGUCAAAUAAGCUUGGGGAGUGGUACGAAAACCGAAUGGAUUGCCAGUGGAAUAUAACCUCAAAUGCAUGGGUGGAACUUACCUUCGAUCGUUUUGACACCGAGUUAUUUGACGAUUACGUAACUGUCUAUGAUGGCACAUCCCGCUCUUCUCCGGUUAUUGGACAAUUUAGUGGAUCCAAGCGCCCUUUACCUCUCAUCAGUUCAGGGAAAAACCUUUACGUGAGGUUUACAACCGAUGCCGCCCAAAAUAAACAAUACAAGGGCUUUCGUGCAAAUUACCGAGUCAUUACAGGAGGAUCCAUCCGUAUAAACAACAGUUCACCAAUACCGUCACCUGAGGGAAGAGUUGAAAUCUUCUACGAUGGUAAGUGGGGCACAAUCUGCGAUGACGGAUGGGAUAUGAAUGAUGCUAACGUCUUCUGCAGACAACUUGGCUUCGCUCGCGCUCUACGAGCAUACAGCAGUGCCACCCAUGGUCAAGGAACUGGUCCAAUUUGGAUGGAUGACGUGGCAUGCUCAGGGAGUGAGGCCCAUAUGCAUGAAUGCAGACACCGUGGAUGGGGCAACCAUGACUGCACUCACAGCCGAGAUGCCAGUGUGAGGUGCUCUUAUGGAUCUUCUGUCGUUCGUCUGGCGGACGGAGGUCUUCACUUUGGUCGUGUUGAAGUGUACGUCUACGGACAGUGGGGAACGGUGUGUGAUCACUACUGGGAUAUGAGAGAAGCGCAUGUGGUGUGUCGCCAGCUGGGAUUUACCGGUGCAGCUUCGGUAACUUACUGGGCAACAUUCGGCCCUGGUUCUGGCCGUAUCUGGAUGAAUCAUGUCCACUGUGGAGGAGGAGAGUCGUCGCUACUUAACUGUCGUCAUGAUGGAUGGGGAAAUCACCACUGUAGCCAUUGGGAGGAUGCAGGGGUGGUCUGUAGCAUCUAGAUGGCUUGGAACGACGCCGAAACUUGACCUGAGAUAGCUCUAACAUUCGCUGAUUAAGAGUCUCAGACAGUGUGGUCUGUAGAAUAGCAACAUUAAUUCGCUUUACUACAUUAUUGAAUUUACUUUUGUUUUAUGUCACAAUUACCAGCGACUUCUGUUGGAUUUCGCUACAUCUCUGACACUCAGUAACAGAAAAAUACUGUCCAAAACCGCUCUAGUAGACAAGUGUAUUUCCUACAGUAAUCCGUUUCUAACUGACUUCUCACCAAGUUCUCUUCUUUUAAGAAGAAAAUCGUGGGAUGUAUCCCUUUCUUUAGGGAGUACCGUAAGGAGCGAAGCAAAGUAGCCUAACAUUAAAAGUGAAAAUUGGCCUCGAAAAACAAACCGUGCCGUGAGACUACGGUUAAAUUACAAUUGCUUAGUUCCAGCCUAUACAGACUGAUCUUAAUUCUUGGCACUUUUUUUCGUUUGUUGUUUCUUCCUGAUUGUUUUGGUUGUUGUUUUUUCUUUUUAGUUUUAGUUUCGCGAUGAUCCCUUUGCUUCUGAAUAUACAGUUUUUGUUGGUUAGACAUUUGCUAUCAAAACAAAAAGCAAACAAACAAACAAACAAACCCCAAAACAUAAACAUAAAAUCAAGUUAAUGAAAUCGUCAAUAUCUGGAACUGCUAAUAUCGAAAGGAUCGCUUCGGAUAAAAUAUGUAGCAUGGCCAAACUUCAGGUCUUAGGAAUUAAGCACUUUAUAACCGAAGACCACCGGGAAACAGAUUGUGACAUGAAACUGAGUGAUACUGUGUUCACGAAGCUUUUAGGUGGCUUAUAAGUAGCUUUCCGCUAAUCAGCGCUAGCAAAUCUAAUAUAUGAAAUGUAUCCCAUUUAAAAGGUUUAGAUCUAGAACAAUAGCCUACAUUACAUAUGUAAUCAUUUUUGUUUUGUUUUGUUUAUCAAUGGUUACGAAACUAAAAGCUGUUGUUUUAACGAAUUGACUUCACGUCAUAUUAGUCAAACAAGUUUUCAAGCAACUACCAUGGCAACGUCAAGGACGACAUUUGUCACUUGUAAAUGCCGCUCUGCUAACAAAUCGAAUUUUUUUGAGAACUGUUCAG